GUAUGUAUGAAUGUAUAUAUUUCUGAAUCGUGAACUGUGAUGAUGAUCUUUGACUGAAAUCGUGUGACAAGAUUGACUCCAGACAAGAAGGAGAGCGGUGAAGCAGAGAAUGGCCACCAGCCGGGGGCUGAGCGCUGCCGCAGCCGCAGCCACCGCUUCUUUCUCGUGCCGCCAAAGCCUUUCCCUCUUCUUUAAAGGACUCCCGAACCCUAUCUCGCUCUUCUCCCAAUCUCGCCUCUUCCACCACAACGGCCCCGCGAUCUCUCUCUCUCCUCGCCCCUCUUCUUUCUCUCAAUACAGCCGCUUCGCUGCUGCUGCCGGACCUGAGCCUCGCAAAUACGACUUCGACCUCUUCACUAUCGGCGCCGGCAGCGGCGGCGUUAGAGCUUCCCGCCUCGCCGCUAAUUACGGCGCUUCCGUCGCCGUCUGCGAGUUGCCUUUCGCCACCAUUUCCUCCGAAACUACCGGCGGUGUCGGUGGGACGUGUGUGCUACGCGGAUGUGUACCAAAGAAACUACUUGUGUACUCUUCUAAAUAUUCUCAUGAAUUUGAAGAAAGUCAUGGUUUUGGAUGGAAAUAUGAAGUUGGACCUAAGCAUGAUUGGAGCACCCUGAUUGCUAAUAAGAAUGCUGUGUUGCAGCGCCUUACUGGUAUCUACACAAACAUUCUGCAAAAUUCGGGUGUCACUUUAAUUGAAGGCCGUGGAAAGAUCGUUGACCCUCACACUGUGGACGUUGAUGGGAGACUCUACUCAGCAAGGCACAUACUGGUUGCAGUUGGGGCACGUGCAUUCAUUCCUCAAAUUCCUGGAAGCGAAUAUGCAAUUACUUCAGAUGCAGCCCUUGAUUUGCCUUCAAAACCUGAAAAAAUUGCAAUCGUAGGGGGAGGUUACAUUUCACUGGAGUUUGCCGGCAUCUUCAAUGGUUUGAAAAGUGAGGUCCAUGUAUUCAUACGACAGAAAAAGGUUUUGAGAGGUUUUGAUGAGGAGAUCAGAGAUUUUGUUGCAGAACAAAUGUCUCUUAGAGGGGUUGAGUUCCAUACAGAGGAAUCACCUCAAGCUAUCCUUAGAUCAGCAGAUGGUUCCUUGUCUUUGCAGAGCAGCAAAGGAACAGUUGAAGGUUUCACUCAUAUCAUGUUUGCAACAGGCCGCAAGCCUAAUACUAAGAAUUUAGGAUUGGAGGCCGUAGGGGUAAAACUGACGAAGAAUGGAGCAUUAGAGGUUGAUGAAUACUCCCGUUCGUCAGUUCCAUCCAUUUGGGCUGUCGGUGAUGUUACAGACAGAUUGAAUUUAACUCCAGUUGCUUUGAUGGAGGGAGGGGCGCUUGCCAAGACUCUUUUUGGGAAUGAACCAACAAAACCAAAUUAUAGGGCUGUCCCAUCUGCUGUGUUUUGCCAGCCACCUAUUGGACAAGUUGGCCUCACGGAGGAACAGGCUGUAAAAGAAUAUGGUGAUAUUGAUAUCUUCACAACAAGCUUCAGGCCCUUAAGAGAUUCACUUUCUGGGCUCCCCGACCGGUUUUUCAUGAAACUUAUAGUAUGUGCAAAGUCACAGAAAGUUCUAGGGGUGCACAUGUGUGGAGAAGAUUCACCAGAAAUUGUGCAGGGAUUUGCAGUUGCUGUAAAAGCUGGCCUGACAAAGGCAGAUUUUGAUGCCACAGUGGGUAUUCACCCAACAUCAGCAGAGGAGCUUGUCACCAUGACAACUCCUAUCCGAAAGAUUCGUAAUGGUUCACAGCUGGAGGUAGCAUUUUCUUCAAAUUAGAGGCUACGAACAGCUGCUGUUGAGAUCCCUUAGAAGAAGUGUGAGCAUAGGAUAGUGAGGCUUAUCGAUGAACCUUAGUAGAACAACGACACAGUAAUAACAUAUCAUGCCUUUUUAUCUCAAUAGAGAAAUUUGAACCUGCUGUGAAUGAUUUUCCAUUUUUCUAUUCUGGGGAAGCCGGUACCAUACACUAGCUUGGAAACAGGAUGCAUAUCAGCAACUGGUUAAAUAAUCAAUGGCUGCAGAGGAGGCUUCACAGCCUGUGAAAUCCCAAUGAAAUUUGAAUCCUUUUGAGGGAGCUACUGCUGUUGUUUUGCAAUCCAAUAAACUAGGACUCUGAAAUGAGUGCCAUACUAUUCCCUGAACUGUGAUUCUUUGUCAUUUGGAACUUUGCAUAUUGCCCUAAAUGCUAUUAAUGUUUAUUAUUGUAAUCCUAUAUUGCUAGAAUAUUGCCCCUUGGACAACGAUAAAUAUGUUGAAUAACAGCACUUCUUUUCUUUUUUUUUU